CCGCAGCUCUUAGGGUUUUUUCUGCCAGAUUUGAGCAGAGAUGAGGCACUCCACGCUAUUUUCGCUAAACAUUUACGAUUGAUUGAAGCUUUACGAGGGGAGCCGGGUUUCAAUUAGGGUUUCGAGUGAGGCGAUGACUUCGGCGACGAGGCUUCCGACAUGGAAGGAGAGAGAGAACAACAAGCGGAGGGAGCGCCGGAGAAGAGCGAUCGCCGCCAAGAUCUACUCCGGCCUCAGGACGUACGGUAACUAUAAGCUCCCGAAGCACUGCGAUAACAACGAGGUGCUAAAAGCCCUCUGCAAUGAGGCCGGAUGGACCGUCGAGGCCGAUGGAACCACUUAUCGCAAGGGCUGCAAACCAGCAGAGCUCUUGGAAAUUACUAGAGCUAGCCAAUGCUCAUCUUACCAGCCAAGCCCUACCUCUUCCUCCUUCCCCAGCCCAGCUUCCUCCCCCUUUCUCUCCCCCCCUAACUUCCCCAUGGUCACCGCCGACCCCAAUUCCCUCAUUCCAUGGCUGAAGAACCUCUCCUCCACCUCCACCACCUCCUCCCCCUGCUCCUCCAAAUCUCCCAGCCUCCACAACCUCUUCAUCCACCAUGGCUCCCUCAGCGCUCCCGUCACCCCUCCCCUCAGCUCCCCCACCGCUCGUACUCCACGCAUCAAGACCGAUUGGGACGACCCCGCAACCAACUUCCAGCCUUCGUGGCCGCCGUCCCCCACCUUCAGCCUUGUGUUCCCGACACCGUUUGGUCUUUACAGGGAGGGAGUUGGUAGCGGCGGGUCGUCGAGGAUGUGGACGCCGGGGCAGAGCGGGAUGUGCUCGCCGGUGAAUGUGGGGACGGAUGUGCCGAUGAUGGAUGUCGCCAUUGCAACUGAAGAGUUUGCAUUUGGGAGCUGUGGAAGUGGUGGAAAUGGGAAUUAUAUGAUGGUGAAGCCAUGGGAAGGGGAGACCAUUCAUGAGGAGUGUGGAGCUGAUGAGUUGGAGCUUACUCUUGGAAGCUCUAGAACUAGAGUUUGAUACUUUAU